GGGACUCGGAACAGGUUGCAGACGACUCACGAAGGAGGGGAGUGGAAGAGGAUGAGUCCUCAAUAUGCUUCGACACGUGCCGCAACUUCUCUUUUCGACUCUGGCGCCAGCAUCCUUGCUGUCGCAAAUCUAUCCAAAUUUCUAUCCAUGUAUCAAUGCUAGAAUCCCUGCACACUCAAAGCAUCGCUGUUCUGGUCAACAAGACACGCUCUCGAGGUUCAACUCGAAAAGCAAGGGGAGAAGACUCAAAGUUAAAGGGCCCUAAAUUUGUCCGCAAUGAAUGUCUCCCCGCCUCUGAGCCGACUGGAAUCAUAGGCUAUUAAUAAAUUCAUUCUAGACGUGACCUCGUGAAUCUUAUCUACCGCUGAAUUGUCCAGAUGCACAAACAAUUCAAUCUGCACUCCACUGCGAUAAUAUCUGUUUUUCGAAUUCUAUGGCAUUUGUGUUCUAUCUUCCCCCACCUUCGAUCCCUGCUCGCCGAUCCUUCGAUAUACUUUGAGGUUUUGCGACGAAUGUGGAACGCCUUUGCUCAGACCACUGCCUUCGAUUGAAGGAGACUGCGCCUUGCAUGACGAUGGAUAGCAGUGGAAUUAAUCACUGAUUUUUAGUGGUCCCGCGUUGCUCAACUUACGCGUCUUAUGAUCCUGUUCCUGACUCUCCAUCGCGCCUGUACAUGAUUAUUAUUUCCGGUUAUCCCUCCUCAGGAUAUAUAAAGGGCGCACUGCUCUCGACGACCCCCAGAAUCUGAUUCCCACUCCCCACCAGCCUAUCAAUGCAGUUCAACUUCUUCGCUCUCGUCACCGUCCUUGCCGUAGGUAUCACCUCUGCCCAGGCCGCCUGUGUCAUCGUUGAAGGUGACGCUAGUGCUUGCCCGGCACCCAACUGGGUUGUUUGUGGACCCCUUGUCGUUGGGGAGACCAAGUGCUGCCCGCCUCUCGGGGUAAAAUGCUUCCUGGCGAACACGACCUUCGCCUUCUCUCCUCCCCCGCGUUCCCUCCUCCCUCCCUCCCUUGGCCUGUCCCUAAAGAGCAUGGCCGCCGCCGCUUCACUACACCCCACUGACGGCGAGGACCACGAUGAGACGCGGCCGCUGCUUGGGGCCCGACGCGACCUUAACGAACGUAACGACCAAACGACACCCUUGAAACGCACGCCCCUUCCACUCGCCCAACUGUACCUCGUUCUCUUCCUCCAACUGGCCGAGCCCCUCACAAGCCAGGUCAUCUAUCCGUUUCUGCCCCAGCUUAUUCGGGACAUCGGAGUGACGAACGGCGAUGAGACGAAGGUCGGGUACUAUGUCGGCAUGGUGCAAUCUCUCUUCUUCCUCACUCAAGCCGUCACCGUUCUGCACUGGUCGCGCCUCUCUGAUCGCAUCGGCCGCAAACCUGUUAUCCUCAUCGGCCUCUCUGGGUUGAGCAUUCUUAUCGCCGCCGGUUCUGUGGAGACGCUCACCGCAUUCGCUUCCUGCAGCCGAAGCUUGAACGGCGCGUUGAACGGUAACAUUGGAGUGAUCAAAAGUAUGGUCGCGGAAAUGACGGACAAUACAAAUAUAGCUCAGGCAUAUGCGUACAUGCCUAUUGCGUGGUCCACUGGCGGAGUGCUGGGACCGAUCAUCGGAGGAUCGCUGGCCCAUCCCGUCGAGCGCUUUCCAUCUUGGUUUGGGUGCAGCGAGUUCCUCAAGCACCACCCGUACUUCUUGCCAUGUGCUGUCCCGGCCACAUACUCGAUCAUCGCAUGGACCGUCACCUCGCUGUUCCUCAAGGAGACCGCGAACGGACCACACGUGCUGCGUCUCUCGCAGCUGUUCACUCGGUCCAAACCCACCGUUGGCCAGGGCAAAACGCAAACCGUGCUCGAGUCUGGCUCGUCCGAGGAAGUUCCGGAGCGCGAGCAGGCUGUUCCGCUGCGAGGCCUGAUGACGAAACGCGUGCUCAUUGCCGCGUCGAAUUACGCCUUCUUGUCGCUUGUAGACAUCGCGCUUCGGGCCAUCCAGCCUCUGUUCUUCGCCACUCCGAUCGAAUUGGGCGGCCUCGGAUUGCCGACAUCGCGCAUCGGGAAUCUGUUAUCGGUGUUCGGUGUUCUGAAUGGGGUGUUCCAGAUCUUCUUCUUCGCACCAGUGCAUGACCUACUCGGGAGCAAACUGAUGUUUAUCGUCGGCGUGUCCAGUGCACUGCCCACCUUUGCGACGUUCCCACUCCUCAGCCACCUCGCGAAGAGCCACGGAAUCAGCAGCACCGUGUGGGCUGUGGCGCUGCUGCAAAUUACGAUGUCGAUCGGACUGAGCCUGUCGUACGGCGCCGUCUUCAUCUACAUCUCUGCUGCAGCUCCGAAUCGCGCUUCGCUGGGCGCGACGAAUGGGCUGUGUCAGCUGACCGCCGAUUUCGUCGGACCGUGGAUGGUGUACUACGUGCUGAUGGCCACGACGCUGGUUGCGAUCUGGGUUGGGAUGCAGCUCCCAGCCAAGCCGUGGACUGGGGCAUGA